CGGGCCCCGCCCACAGGCGGCUGCCUCCACCUGGGCCCCGCACCCGUUCGCUUUGGGCUGACCCAGCCCCUGGCCGAGCAGGAAGCCCUGAGGCCAUUCUCUUCUAAGGACCCGCCUUCGGGCCUCUCCUUCAGGAGACCUGUCACUUGCCAGGUGUCCACCUUGUGGAGAUCCCCACAGGGACCAUGUGAUUUGCGCACAAUUUGCAAGUCAUUGGCUGAUGUUUCCUAGGGUGAAAGGCCAGCUGAGAAACGACAGGGCCCAGUGCCUGGUCUGUGACCCUCUGCCAAGACCACUCAUUUUACACGGUGGGCCCCUUGGCUACACUGCCAGCAUGGAUGAUGGCCCCGGGGGCAGGGGUGGGUGUCUGCGGCCUGGAGAGGAAAGGCAGCCAGAGCUGGCGAGAGCGGGCACCUUUCAUUGUAGCGUCACCAGGCCGACCACAGGCCAGGCAGUGCCCUGGGGCAGACACUACAGAGACCUGGCAGAGGGAGCUUUGCAACCCACCCCUCCAGGCUGAGCCGAGGGCAUCUCCACUGGCGGAUCAUUCCUCGCUGUGUUGAGUCUUAAAGAUAUGCGUCCCCUUGACUAACUUGCUCAGAGUGACCCACCAGAAAGACACAGUCCUGCAGGUCCAAGACACCCAAUGUCUGCAGGUAUCUUCACAGCGUCACCUGACGCAAUGGCAUUUGGUGGAAACGUGAAUGCCUAGGACAGGGGACGACUGGCUUGAGUGCAUGAAUAACCGUGUAUCCUUUCCAGGACAGUGCGCAGGAGCCCGAGGUGCUCGGCAGGGUCACCUGCUGUCCUCUCAGACUCAUGACCAGUGACGAGCAGGGAAGAUAAGGAAGUGGCAGGAGCCCACAGGAGCAGAGCCGGAGGGCAGCCCACUGCUGGGGUGGGAGUGUGACUGUCAGAACCUUCGAGGGACUGCAGCACCCCCUGACCUGACACCAGAGCACCCACGCUUCUCAGAGACCACAGUCAAAGCUGCAUAGUGGUGGCUUUCAGAGCUGUGGACAUGGCUGGCUGAUUGGGGGAGCCGCCCUGUGCGCUGCAGGGUGCUGAGCAGAAUAGCUGGCCUCCCCACUAGGGCCUUCUCCCUCCCCAGGAUCUGACAGUCAGGAGUGUCUCGACACUGCCCCGUGUCCCCUGGGAGGCAGAGGGUCGGUGUUAAUGCAACACUUUUCUUGGCAGCAACUGAAGCAGCAGCGGGACAAGCUGAAGCAGUACCAGAAGAGGGUCACACUGCAGCUGGAGCGGGAGCGGGAGAUCGCCCGGCAGCUCCUGCGGGAAGGCAGGAAGGAGCGGGCCAAGCUGCUGCUCAAGAAGAAGCGGUAUCGGGAACAGCUGCUGGACAAGACAGAAAACCAGAUCACCAGCCUGGAGACCAUGGUCCAGAGCAUUGAGUUCACCCAGAUUGAAAUGAAGGUGGUGGAGGGGCUGCGGUUUGGAAACGAGUGUCUGAGUAAGAUGCACCAGGUGAUGUCCAUAGAGGAGGUGGAGCGGGUGCUGGACGAGACUCAGGAGGCUGUGGAGUACCAGCGGCAAAUUGAUGAGCUGUUGGCAGGAAGCUUCACUCAGGAGGACGAGCAGGCCGUCCUGGAGGAGCUGGAUGCCAUCACUCAGGAACAAAUCGAUCUCCCAGAGGUUCCUUCAGAGCCCCUUCCUGAGAAGAAACCAGAGAAAGUCCCCAUCAAGGCCAGGCCCAGGCAGGCGGACCUGGUGGCAGCCUCCUAACUCAGCCCCCUUGAGCAGGACUGGCAGGGACUCCUCGGGACUGGGGCCCACAGAGAGCUUGGGUGUAUGGCCAGCCCUGACCGGGCUCCCAGGAGGCCAGUGCCAGGCCAGGCCAACGGUGCUGAUGGUGCAGUGCAUGCGGGGAUCCUGUCAGGGAGACUCCAUGGAGCCUUCCCAGGGUCAGGAUCUUCUGCCUCGCUCUCAUUUCGGAUUAAAUGGCAACAUUCAAACCCUCUCGCCAAACGCAAACACAGCUUCUGAAGCUGUGGCUCCCAUGAGGCCAUGGACAGCUGGACACACCUGGUGCUGUUCACACUUCCUAUUCCUGGCCCCCGAGGGCCCAUGGCCACUGGCUUCUGUCAGAAACCUCUCCAUGCUCUGUGUCUGCAUUUGGGGGUGUGGCCGGGAAGGGCCCAUCCCUGUUGCAUUGAUGACCCCAGGAGCCCUGACCAGCUGUCACUUGUGGGUCCUGCUGAGAACAGACAUUACAAGACAGCCAGCGUGUCCUGCUGGGGUUCCUGGAGGUGCUGACAGGAUACAUGUGUCUAUGGGACUCCCUGUGGCCAAGACCUGGGAACCUGCAGAGGCCUGGGCCUGCUGACCUGUCAGCUCUGAGCUGUCACCACCAGAGCUGGCCGUGGAGGUGGAGUUGCUUCACUGGAUCACGGUUCACUCUGGGAUUAGUCUCGCUGGGGUUUCACUCCCAACAGGAACAGAAACGAGACCUCCCCAGCCCCGCGAACAGGUUGGCCCCCAUUAAAGUUGACCCUGCA